AUCUAAUUCUCUUUUGUCAAAACAUUAUUUAAAAAGCCCAACAAUAAAAAAAAAAAAACAAAACCACAUAAAGCCCAAUCCAACGAUGUAAAAUGUCGUAAGCCCAAUGGUCAUCGACACCCAAUCCUCCCCUAACUCUAUCCAAAUCAAAAGCUCACCGGCGCCUUUUACUCUCGCAACCAUUUCCGUGUUCUUUGUUUUAUCUUUCUUCACUCGAAAACCACCGCCCCCGCCCUUCGCCGACGGGAAAAAAAGCAAAAUCCGAUAGCGCCUCCAACACUUCCAAAAUUUCCGAUCAUUUUUCCAUACAGAUAACAAUAACAUGUCUCUCUUAUUCUCCUCCUUCCUUCCUCCAGUUCCUCCCCCUUACAUCAGCAGCCGCACUUCUCCACUUCUCCAUCCCAUUUCCCCUUCCGCCGCCGCCGCCCCGCCGUCUCCCCGGCGACACUGGAAGCAAGGAGAGUUUCCAGGAACCACAUCCAUCCCCGACACCGCCCGCCGCCGCGCGCCUCUCAAAACCAUCAAGAAGAAACUGGACCGCAGGGAAAACGCCAAGGCCUGGGCCAACACUGUCACCGAAUCCCUCUCCGACUCCAUAGCCAACAAACAAUGGCAGCGCGCCCUCGACGUCUUCGAAAUGCUCAAGCAGCAGCCUUUCUACCAACCCAAAGAAGGCACGUACAUGAAACUCCUCGUCCUCUUGGGCAAAUCGCUCCAGCCAGCUCUCGCCCACCAACUGUUCGACGAAAUGCUCGAACAGGGCAUCCCGCCCUCCCCUGAACUCUACACCGCCCUCCUCGCUGCCUACUGCCGCAGCAACCUCAUCGAACGAGCCUUCUCCAUCCUCGAAGACAUGAAAUCGUUGCCGCAUUGCCAGCCCGAUGUCUUCACCUACAGCACCUUGCUCAAGUCCUGCGUCGAUUCGUCCCGAUUUGACCUCGUUGAUCAAAUCUACCUGGACAUGGACAAACGCCUCAUUUCCCCCAACACCGUCACCCAAAACAUCGUCCUGGGGGCCUAUGGGAAAGCCGGCUUGUACGACCAAAUGGAGAAAGCCCUCUCUUCAAUGCUCGUCAACCCGAAUUCGAAACCCGACGUAUGGACAAUGAACAUAAUCCUUGCUGUGUUCGGAAACAAGGGUCACAUCCAGCUGAUGGAGAAGUGGUACGAGAAGUUCCGUGACUAUGGCAUCGAACCUGAGACUCGCACCUUCAACAUCCUCAUCGGAGCUUACGGUAAAGCCAGGAGGUACGACAAGAUGUCGUCGGUGAUGGAGUACAUGCGGAAGAUGGAGAUCCCCUGGACUAGCUCGACAUACAACAACGUGAUCGAGGCGUUUGCAGACGUGGGUGACGCGAAGAACAUGGAGUACACGUUCGAUCAGAUGCGUGCCGAGCGGAUGAAGGCGGAUUCGAAGACAUUCUCGUGUCUAGUCGAGGGUUAUGCAAAGGCAGGCGUGUUUCACAAGGUGAUUUCCACGGUUCAGCUGGCAGCUAGGCUGGACAUAGCGAAGAACACUGCGUUCUACAACGCGGUGCUGUCUGCGUGCGGGAAAGCAGGGGAUUUGCUGGAGAUGGAGAGGGUUUACGAGAGGAUGAAGGAGGAGAAGUGCGAAGCGAAUGGCAGGACUUACGAGGUGAUGAUCGAAGCUUAUCGGAAAGAAGGGAUGAAUGACAAGGUGUAUUAUCUGGAGCAGGAGAUGCAAGCCAACGGGGAAGCGUCUUCUGGACAGUUCUGAACUUGCAUUGCUUCCAAUAAGGAUUUCAGUUUCUGAACAAUGCAACCAAGAAAUGUGCCAUGCUUGCUGCUGCAGAAUGAUGACCGAGUUACUUCAGGUAGUAAUUCACAAGCCACAUUUCAAACCCUGAGUAUGCAGUGGUGGGGAAAAGGGAAGUACAGAGUAAGAAGCAAGAUGAUGCAGAAUCUCGAAUCUACGGGUUCCACAGACCAGAUUAGAGGCAAUGGAUGGAUGACAAGCUCUCGCAACCUUUGUUGAAACCGCUGCUUUUGAGCAUAUUGAUGGAGGUAUUGUAAAUUAUGUGCUGAUUUCAUCACAAUUAGGUCUUAUAAUUAGGUUCCAGAACUGAAAGGGGGAAAAGUUUGUAAGUCACACUUAUGUGCAAUCAUCAAGCGAGCGUCUUCCAUAACCGAAAUGGAAUGAUCCAAUAAUGUAAUUUCCCAAUUUCCCUCAUAUUUGACCGUCCCCCGCCCACCUUUCCUUCCAAUUUUGGAAUGGGUUGGAGGUAGGGGGUGUGCAACGGGUUCUGUCCAUACCAGAUUGUAUCGAACUAAAUUGACUGUUGGAUCGGGUCACACCAAGCCGAGUAUAACAUGGUUAGGUACAUGGUCCUACAAAUUUUACACAUAUUCUGAAGAAAACUGGAUCGAAUCGGCAUUUGAAUUCGUUCAAAGCGGGCUGAAUACACUGUUGGUCCGAACUUUGGUUCAUAAAUAUCUCUUACUAUUGAAUCGCGAUUCUCCUGAGUUUGGUCCAAUCCAAUCCGAACUGGACCGUUGCUCACCCCUAGUUGGAGCUCCCCCUACUACCACCUAAACUUCAAAAUAUAUCAAUAUUAGGGGUGGUGGGUUGGAGUUGGCCUCACGAGCUACAAAGUUGAGAAUUGACACUGAAAAUGUAGGGACAGAGCUGGGAUGUGGGCAUUGUGCAUUGAUUUCAAGUUCCAACUUCCGACGUAGGAAAUGAAAGGUUAAUAACGGAGUUGGCGGCUUCGUUGACCGGAUCGGAAUGGGGAAGAUGUGGAUUGAGAAACCGGCGGCGCCCGCCCAACGGCGUAGACAAUGCAUAAGAGGAUUAUUCUAAGCCUCGAAAGUUGUAUUUUCUUGUAAAUGAAUGGUUUCAACUUUCGAGAAUGUGCAAGAUUUAACAUUCGGGUGGCAAAUUUAUGUCGAAAUCGUUAAAAUUUCUCAUCCAAACGAUUCAUUUGUGUUUUAUCGAAUGUCUCUUACAUAGAGGGUUGGUCGGAUGAGAAGUUUUAAUCAGUAAUUUUAGUCGAAUUCUCUUUUUGGAUCGUGGAAGGAUUUGUAUGUAAGAUUUUGGCCAAAUAACUCAUUUGGAAAUACUAUCUGGAUUCAUGAGUAGAAAUGUACGAAAACGAAAGUAAUUCUAGAUGGUAUCAUCAAACUGGAAAAAAAAAAUGUUGAUGAUUAUAUAAAUUUGAAAUUUGUUGAUUAGAGGCUACCUUUAUGCUAGGAGAUAUUUUUAUUCAAGCAGGUGAACCCUCAAGUUUGGUUUCGCUCCGCCGUCGCUGAAGUAGCGAGAAAAUUCUUAGCUCCAAUCUUUUUGAGCGCAGAAACUCCAACUAGCCACAUGUCAGUUUCCUAAUGGUGAAUUCAUCUUUCUUUUUUAUAUUUUAAUUCUUGAUUUAUUUAUGAUCAUUAAGAACAUUAAAUAUUAAGUAAAAUGAAAGAUGAGUCCACCCAAUAACAAACUGACACAUUGAUGGUUAUAAUUUCUGCGUCCAAUCAAAAUUGGAGCUAAGGAAUGUGUGUACGUGGAGAUAUUAUUGGGCUAUUAAACAAACAAAAUGGAAGAUCUCAUCUUUUAACAUAUUUUCCACUUAUAUUUAUGGAAAAGUUGGGUUGCUAAGUUGCUAACAAUUACAUCUGUUGGGGGUGUUGCUAAGAGACUCCCCGCAGAGAAUAAGUAAUACCGCGUCCAAUCGACAACGUAUGAUGCUCUAAACCCGCUACGGGUAUAUAAAGGUAUGAAACCCACCAAUGAAGAGGACUUUUUCUCUCUCUCCUCACUUUCCACUUUCUACUAUCUCUCUACACUUUAUCUCUCUAUCUAUUCUCUCAACUCUCUCCACAAACAUACACUAACUUGAUCGUCGGAGUUUAAUCCGGGGGGCAACCCCGACACUUUUCACAGGUUUCUUCCCUCCCGACGAGAUCAGACGAACGGAUCAUGAGUCAACCCCAGACCUACAAUAUCAUUGUUCGUGUCCUGAGCUAGAUGGCACAAACAACAUCCUACUCGGGAAAUUUGUUGUCCUAUUUACCAAAACGUGUCCAUUUCAGUUCUUUUGGUUUGGUUGAUCAGGUGCGCCAGCUUAAUUGGAUUCACGAGUUUUGUGUGAUGGAAUGUAUUAGCUAUAGCUUGAAGGUGACGGACACGAUUGUUACUGUCGUGGUUCUAUCUAACUUCAAUAAUUUAAUUAGGAUUCUAUUUGUAAUAUCCACGAUUAUCAUAUUUGAAAGAGCUCCAAAACUACAUCUAUGAAUAUUAGAGUCGAAAGUUCAUUAAUUUGAUUACAUCAUAGUCGUAUUCCUUAUUGAGUGUGAUUGAAAACAGUGGUUGAGUAUGAGUAUUAAUUGCAUAUAUAAUUUGUCGGAAUCGUACUAUAUUCCUUAUCUAAGUCUUAGAAGUGAUUGUGAUAUGUAUCAACCCUUUGAGUAUGACUAGUACGUACGAAUAGUAUUAUGUUAUAAUACGAGUGUUAUUAUGUUAUUCGUUGAACUCAUAUUCAUUAUCAAAGUCGUAGGAAUUAAGUAUCUACCUUAUUAAGUGUUAGAAUUAUUAUGACAGGCAGGCAUUGUAAUAAGAUACAAUAGUGAUUUCCGUCGAAGCCUAGUUUCUUAAAAUCUACUCCGCCACACUUGUAUUCUCGUUUAUCAUCAACCAUUCCUUGUAAUAUUCAAAUACAGGCAUCUCAUGGCAAAACAAGUCUUUUUUUCUAGAUUUUACGUCCUUAUCUCCUGUCUCGUGACAAUUAUCUAAAAAGUCUUCUGAUUUUGUUCGGGCGUUUCCCUUUCAGAAUAUCUAUGACAAAGAAAAAAACAACACAUCUUCUUGCUCAUUGUUAUAGCAUUGAAGAUUAAAUCAACAACUAAUAUUAAUUUGGGAUUAUUUGCUCUGUUUGUCCCCUACAGCAAACUAAUCCAUCAAAUUCUAAUCCCAAAUUAGAAAACAAAACAACGUAGUAAAUUAGAAUUUGAUGGAUUAGUUUGCUGUAGGGGACAAACAGAGCAAAUGAAGUCCCUCAUUGUACCUUGUCAAAAGACAGAAAAAUCCAAAAUGGAUCAUGCUAAAUAUUACAGGCUACCAACCGCAAACCACAUAAAGACGAUAUCAAGAAAUAUUAUUAUGCAAUAAAGCCCUAUAAAAGGGAGGAAGAGGAACCAGGGUUGUCACGCUGGUCGGCGUGCCACCGGUUGUACCUGGUUCAACCUGUACCGGUCAUAAAACCGGCGUGACACCACCGGUAUGAUCGGCAUGAUCGAUAUACGAAUCUCUAAGUAAAAUAACCUUAUUUUAGUGACUUUAAUUGUUAAAAAAUAUUUUAUUAUUUAUUUUAUGAGUAUAUAUGUUAAAUAUUGAUGUUAUUUGUUGAAUUCAAGUAUAAAUGUUUAGGUAUUGA